AUGGAGACGAUUAAAACAUUCGUGCCGCUGGUGGUCGGCUCAUACGGACUGACGUUCAGUUCGUACCUGCUUUACCAAAACAAGAAGAAAGAAAGUUGGAAGCAAGUCGAUGGCUAUGUCGAUAACGUCACUUUAAAAUAUUCGAAGAACUUCUUCCAAGGGACGUUCCACCUGAACAUAAAAUAUUUUUUUUACAUAAAUAAAAAAAAAAUUGAAAACAGUAAGGAGUACAAGAUUUUCGUUCAUCUGGGCAACCAAGAGAAGGAACAAGUGCAGACAAAUGAAUACACACGAAAUAUUUUCGACCAAGUGAGUAAAGAGAAAAAUAUAAAAAUAUGUUACAACCCCGAGGAUGCAGAGCAGUCGGAGCCGUUGAUAUACAUUGUGGAAAAUGACAUUAUCACCCGGGAGAAGUUUGCCAAUAGGGUGAAGAGUAAGCUCCUUCGCAUAAAAACGGGUGCAAAGAAGUUGCUUCGCUGGGGGGGAGCGGCUGACGGAAACGAUGAAAGCGCGGAAGGUUUGAAUAAUUCUUCCGCCCCGGUACCCACUAACCAAACGGAUAAGACGAAGGAAAACAAAACUGCCGCCACGGUAGCAUCCCCGUCCGAUGAGAGGAAGUCAAAUGAACGCUCGGAACCUUCGCAGUUCGAAAAAAAGAGGAUAAACGCAUACGACAUAAAUAAUUUAUUCCCGUGGUACAUGUUCUCCGGUAGCCUCUUCCUAUUUUUGUCUUUUUUUUUGAAGAAGAGAAUUCGCUUUGUGAGAAGGUCAAUAUUGGAACAAAAAAAAAAAAUUGGAUGA